AACACUUUCUCUCGCCUUCAAAAAUUAAAACCAUACAGAAACAACUCAAAGCACUCCAAGCCCGAAACUACUGUAUUUUCCUCCUGGUUUCCAUCAAAAUCUAAAUUUUCUAGGAAAAUGGCAGCUGGGCAAGCAAAAUGCACCAAAAUCCGCCACAUAGUGAGGCUUCGCCAAAUGCUAAGACGUUGGCGAAACAAGGCACGCAUGUCAGCCAAUCGCAUACCAUCAGACGUUCCAGCAGGACAUGUGGCAGUCUGUGUAGGGACUAGUUGCCGGAGAUUUGUGGUGCGAGCGACGUACUUGAACCACCCCAUCUUUAAAAAGCUCCUGGUACAAGCCGAGGAAGAGUUUGGCUUUUCUAACCAAGGCCCAUUAGUGAUCCCGUGCGAUGAGGCCGUUUUUGAGGAAGUGAUUCGAUACAUUUCACGGUCUGAGAAUGGAAAAUCCGGCCGGUUUGUGAACCUUGAGGAUUUGCAGAGAUACUGCCACGUUGGUGUUAAAAAUGCUAAGCUUGAUUUUUGGACCGAUUCAAGACCUUUGCUUCAUGCUGACAAGACAUUCUGGUAAGGUGAAAAGAAGGGCACGCCAAGAAAAAAAUAAAGAGAGAAAAGAACCUCUGAUUCUGACCCGGGGUACUCAGUCCGAGUCUGGGAAGCUCUCCACCGUAAAUUUGGAAAUAGAAUAUAGUUGCCGAGUUAAAAAUUCAUUUUGACUCGUUAGGUUUUCAUGAUCUGUUGGGCUUUGCUUACCUGUGUACAAAGAGGUGAGUUUGCUGGGUUUUCUUUCUUUCUUUCUUUCUUUCUUUUUUGUCUUGAGAAAUUAAUGGGACUGGUUGGAGAGUUACCGAGUCAAACUCCGGAGAACGCAAGGAGAUGGCAAGAUGGGGUGGGUGAGUCAACCACCGAGUCGUCCCGGGUUCUGAAUCGGAGAGUAAGGAAACUACUGAAGACUCUUGAAAUAUUAGACAGAGAGACCAAGAAAAGAAGUGAUUAUUGACUGAGCCACUUUUGUAAAUUCUGUUAUUUAUUGAUUGAUUAAUGAAAUAAUAUUGUAGAGAUAAAAUUUAUUAA